AUGGAGGAUCCUCAGGCUCUGAUCCAGCAGGCCGAGAAGCUCGUGUCCAAGGGCAGCGGCGGCUGGAGCCUCUUUGGCGGCUCUGACGAGAAGUUCUGGGACGCCGCGCGACUAUUCAAGGAGGCCGCUCAGGCAUACGAGCGACAGGGACAAAACAUCCAGGCCGGAAAGACACACGAGCGAGCCGCCGAAGUACGAGAGAAGAACCUCAAGGAGUUGACCGACGCCGCCGACAGCUACGUCGAGGCCUCCGACGCCUACCGAAGAGAUGACCCCGAAGCCGCCAUCCGGUGCAGAGAGCGGGCCUUUGCCCUGAUCCAGCAGUCGACGAGCGAGAGCAAGCAGACGAGGAUGUCGCGAGUCAAGGAGAUCCUCGGUCAGAUCUAUGAGCAUGACCUGAAGGACCUGAAGCGGGCGCGCGAAGCCUACAAGGAAGCUGCCGAGCGGCUACCAAAGGCGAGAGAACUCAACGCCAACAAGCUCUGGACGCAGUACGCCGACCUCGCCGCCCUCGACGGCGACUACUACGGCGCCAUCGAGACGUACGACCGCAUCAUCAACACCAUGAUCGGCAACGGCACCAUGAAGUGGAGCCUCUCGACCUACUGCUUCAAGGCCGGCAUCUGCCACCUCGCCACGGGCGACAUGGUCGGCACCCGCCGCGCCGUCGAGUCCUACCGCCAAAAGGACCCCGAGUUCUCCUCUCAAUACAAGUACAAGCUGCUCGAGGACCUGUGCAACGCCGUCGACAACCACAGCCAGGAUGAGUUUAGCGAGCUGCUGUUCCAGUUCGACCGCACGAGCAGGCUGGAGCCUUGGAUGACGGCGAUUCUCAUCAAGGUCAAGGAUUCCAUCGAGGCGCCGGAUGAUGAGUUUGCAUAGAUGGGGCUCAAGGGGAAAGAAUGAAAUGGAAGAUGCAAACGCAUGGAUGCGAUAGGAGAAGGAACAGGGAAGAGGUUGAUGGGAUACAGAGAGUGAGAGAGGGGGAGAGAGAGACGCAGGAUGACUCAAAGGCGGACUCAUUCUUUCACCUAGCUCUCUCUCUCUCUCUCUCUCUCUCUCCCUCGGGAACCUUGGUUUAUCACACGGUCUCAACAUUGCUGCCGCCUUUGUUUUGUCCGCCGUCAGGCAAAUUAAAGUGUUACACACGCCCAGUUCAGGCUUCAU